AUGAAACAUUUUAAGGCAAGAAAUGUUAUUGAGAGAUGUUUUGGACUAUUAAAAGAAAGGUGGGGUAUUCUUAGGACCCCAACCUUCUUUCCAAUACGUACUCAUAGACAUAUAGUUCAAGCAUGUGUACUAUUACACAAUCUUAUUCGAAAACAUAUGCCAACAGAUUACACAAUGUUUUGGGAUUCCGAUAGUGAAGAAGGUGAAAGUGAUGAUGAGGGCCUAGAUGAUGAAGUUGAGUUGAUUACUCAAAUAGAUACUACGGAUGCUUGGACUACUUAUCGGAAUAGCUUAGCACAAAAUAUGUAUAAUAAUUGGAGACUUAGGCAUAGUAGCCAAACAUAA